AUGCAAAAUCUUUUUGUUUUUACUUUUUUUAGAUAUUUUAUAAAUGUUUUGGCUGGGUUGUGUGUUCUCUGGUUUAAUCAUCUUUAUUAUUCGGAUAGUCCAGAGACUUGACUUUUAGAGUUUCAAGAUGUUGGGGAUCCUAUUGUAGAAGAAAUUGUUUUUUUUCAUGACCAAGUUAUGUUUUUAUUAAUUAUUAUAGUUACUGUUGUUUUAUGACUUUUUGUUGAAGCUUUUAAAAAUAAGUUUUAUGAUCGUCAUUUAAUCGAUGGUACAUUUUUAGAAAUUGUUUGAACGAUUAUUCCUGCUGUUAUAUUGAUUUUUAUUGCAUUGCCCUCUCUUAAAUUAUUAUAUUUAAUGGAUGAGGUUAUUUCUCCAGCUUUGACAAUUAAAGUUAUUGGGCAUCAAUGAUAUUGAUCCUAUGAAUAUUCUGAUUAUGAAGGGGAUACGUUAGGGUUUGAUUCUUAUAUGAUUCCGACUUCGGAUUUAGUUUCUGGAGAGAAUCGUUUGUUAGAGGUUGAUUAUAAACUUUUAAUCCCUAUUCAAACACAUAUAAGAUUUUUAGUUACUGGGGCAGAUGUUUUACAUUCUUUUGCAGUGCCUUCUUUAGGGCUAAAAAUUGAUGCGGUUCCGGGUCGUCUAAAUCAAACUGGUGUUUUUAUAAAACGAGCCGGGGUUUUUUUUGGACAAUGUUCUGAAAUUUGUGGGGCAAAUCAUUCUUUUAUGCCCAUUGUGAUAAAGGGAGUUGGUUUAAAUGAAUACGUUCAAUAUUUAAAUUAUUUAAAAUGUAUUAUAAAUACUUAG